AUGGCACCAUCUCUCGAGAACAUCCGUCCAGCGUUUGGUCUGAAAGGUCGCAACUUCGUAGUCACUGGUGGUGCUCAGGGAAUUGGGUUCGCUGCAGCGAGAGCAAUAUGCGAAAUGGGAGGCAAUGUGGCAGUCCUCGACAUUCAGGAGAAACCAGUAGACGAAUUCGACACCCUCUCAAGUCAUUUCGGUGCCAAGACAUUCUACGUUCAAGUGGAUGUGGUGAACGAAGAGAGCUUGAAUCGGGGGUUUGCACAGGCCGUCGAGCAUCUUGGCACCGUGGACGGUCUUGUCCCAGCAGCCGGGAUUGCUAUUGAUAAGCCUUUUGUUGACCAGACAUGGGACGAGUUCACUCGCAUACAAGAAAUCAAUUGUAGAGGACUUUUCUUCAGCUGUCAGCUCGCCGCAAAACAAAUGAUCAAGCAAGGCAGCGGUGGCAGUAUGGUAUUACUCGCCUCACAAACCGCACAUUGCGCCAUUCCCGGACAUCGCAUGGCGGCAUAUAACAUGUCCAAGGGCGGUGUCUUCAUGCUAUCAAAAGCUCUUGCUGUUGAGCUUGCACCACACAAUAUCCGCGUCAAUACAAUAUCUCCUGGUUUCGUUGACUCGGAAAUGCUGCAAAGAGUCAAGACUGCUAAGAUCCCAAGAGAAGCACAGCAGAUGGAGAUUUCACCUCCAAUGAAACGCUUGAGUAAUGCCAAUGAUCUUACGGGAGCUAUCGUGUAUCUGUUGAGCGAUGCUGCGAGGUUCACAACGGCGGCGGAUAUCCCCAUUACAGGUGGUCUCCAUGCUGGGACCAUUGAUGGGCUUAUCUACUAUGCAUAA